AUGGCGUCGGUAGUGAAACGCUUGUUGGAAGAUCCAGAAGAUCUUUGCUGCCCCAUCUCAAGAUGUCUCAUGGAGAACCCCGUCGUGGCCAGUGAUGGCUACACCUAUGACAAGGAGAGCAUUGAAGCAGCCUGGCAAAGGAAGAGAGUGUCGCCCAUGACCAACAAGCCCAUGAAGAAGAAGCAGGUGGUACCUACACAAGACAAGAAAAGCGCGAUUGUGGACUACAAGACCAAGACUGUGAAUGAGAUUCUCAAGAUUCUCCCACGCAUCCAUGACCGCGAAUCGAUCACCCAGCUUCUUCAACGCGCCGAAGGCUUCGUUCGCCCCUAUGCCAAAGACAAAUCCGAGCAAGGGAAGUUGAUCACGCUCUUGCAUCUGAAGGCUGAUCUGCCCAAAGACUUGCGGGGGGAUGCCAUACCCGAGCUUCUCAGGUUGCUCUCAGAGAGGGAAGAUGAUGCCGGACUGAGGGAGGUCUUGAAGAAGUUUGGUGAUGACCUGGCUCACCAUGUGUCAGAGUUGAGUGAUGACAUGCUGGCCAAGCUUCAUGCCCUUGCACCCAGUGAGAAGGUGUCCUCGAUGCUAGCCCAGGAGCUGGCAUGCAGCAUGGCGAAGAUGAAGAGUGCUGCAGGCGUGAAAUCCUUGUGGCAGAUCCUCAAAAGGCUUGCCGCGACGUGUGAAGCGGCCGAAGCUCAAUCGGGCCAAUGGUGUGCAGGAGAGGCCUGUGGACUGUUCUUGGCGGCUCAUCCGAAAUUCAAAGCUGAUCUCAAGGACCUGCCACUGGCAGCGCUGAGAAGCACCAACGUCUUCAUGACAGAUGCCUCAAAAGCCUCCGCGCGUGCCAUGGAGCUUUUCCGCUGCGACCUGGGUCUUCCCAAAGUGAAGUCGGAUGCAUCAGUCUUGGCGCAGGUCCUGCUGGAGAGAAGCAAGCGCGAAGAGAAGGCCCAGAAGCAGAAGCUCUUGAUGGAAGCGUAUGAGUUGGAUGAAAGCGAUGCAGAGAUCCGGACGGCCUUGAUUCAGGUUCUCAGAGAGGCCUUGGAAGGGUCUGAAGGAGACUUUGACAAGGAAGACAUGUUGCUCAGAGCGCUCUUUGCAGAAAAUGACAAGAUUCCUGAGGACUUGUUGCCAAAGCUGUCGCUGAAGCUCAAGACGUUGCCACCUCAGCACUGUUUGGCACUUGCCAAGCAGCUUUCCUGCGCGGAUCGCAAAGUGGAUGGUGCCAAAGUGGCAGUCAUGGCAGCAGAGGGCUUUGAAGAUGCCAACUCUGCCAGAGCCGCAUAUCUCUCAGCUUUUCAGAUGGAUCGACAGAAUCAGGAUGCCUUCCUUGGUGUCAUUGAUGCCUGUGGCUUUGCCGCUGAGAAGUGUCACCAGCUGGAGUGCCGCAUAUCCGAGAUGUCCCAGCUGGAGCAGAAGCUCAAGAUUUCUCAACAGAAGCAAGAUCGAUUCAACAAGAAGCAGCAGGAGGAGAUCACCAACCUCCAGAGAGAGCUGGCCAACGCCACAGAGACGUCGGGCACGCUUCGUAGACAGCUUUUGGGCCAACAAGAUAGGCUAGCGAAGCUUGAGCAGUCUGUAUCUACUCUGAGGCACAAUCCAUUUUCUGGUAUUAGAUUCUAG